CACGCGCCAUCAUCGUGAAAGAUGCCGGUGGUUGUCGCUGCCGCCACGCCAGCCCCGCCGCCGUUGCUGACAGCUACCACUACAACCGUUGCAUCUACACCUCAGGAUGCGCAGCAACACGCAGGAGUCGACUUCGAGCUUCCUGUGCAUGAACAAGGAUGGAUGCCGAAACCUGCUGUGCUCCACGCAGGCAAAUCUCGCAGUUGCGCUGUUUGUUUUGCUCCCCUACAAUAUUCGAAUGCGUCGAGUUGGGACGAGUACUUGAAGAGCGAAGAGUACCUCGGCCACCUCCAACUCAACCUACUGAACGACUCGUUCAUCCGGGGAUUGAUAUGCGGGGAAAACUACUUUGGGGACCUCCCCACCGAACAUCGCAUGCAUCCGCAGCGCCGCAUGAAAUGCCGCCAAAACGUCGACGAUCAUGUCAGUAUGAAUUCGGCGGGACUUUUGGACUCGUCCGACAAAGACAAGUCCCUCGUGCGAACCCUUGAAGAGCUUCUCAUCGACGGACUGCCCACGCCAACGUUCACGUAUGUGCUCGAGCGACGCUUUGCCAUCAUCUUCCACAGCGCCAAAAUUGUAUCCACUUUGAUGAAAUCCGCGCGCACGCAGAAACUGCGUCGUCCCCUGGCCGACGCAACACCACACGUUGAGCUGCACCACGUGGCGAUUCAUGCGUUGUCGACGUUGCUCGGGUUCUUCGACUACAGCGGGGAAAACUCGCGCGCACCGUUCGUGGAGUUGUCGCGAAUGUUGUGCAACUUUCCGCCGUUGUCGCUUUUGUCGUUUUGGAGUCCGCCCCCCAAAGCCCCCGAGGAGGAGGUGGUAGUGUCCAAAGACCAAGUCGAGGCCACCCACACGUCUCCAAGGCACUCUGUCCACUCGAUAUUGGACUCGUCCGACUCCAUCUAUUGGUUGACGGCGGUGCGCCCAGGCGUCGUUCACGUCACGAUCGCUCUGACCCAGACGAACAUCGUCGCAUUGCAACUCAAAUGGCUUGCGUUGGCCCAACCCACGAUGAUUCAAGUGCAAGCCAAGGUGCGCGGCUCCACCACGUUCGAAACAGUGAAAGAAUUCCAAAACAAACCCACGAGCCCUUUCCCUGACCGCCUCGAACUUCCUCCGUUGCCCCCAGCAACCGACUCGUUGCGUCUGGCCCUCUCUGGAGUUCCAUCGACCAACAAAGACGGCACAUACGGAAUUAUCAACCUCCGCCUCCUUGCACCGGUUCAGGAUACUGUGGCGCCGCACACGGUGAUGGCCGACGUUGAAACAUGGCUUGUGAAUGCGGUGUUGUACAAGGGCGAUACCAGCACGGCCGACAAAUCUUGCCUUGCUGUCGAUGCAUGCCAAGCGCUGCAGACGUGGACCCUCGCAACCGGAUCGCUCACGGCGUUGAUGCGGCUCGUGCACGUGGCCCUCGCGCUGCGCCAGUCGAACCAUGUCUUGCCCUUGGUUCAGACGUGCGUGGAUGCAUCGUGCAAUGUCCUGAGCACCGUCGAGGCGCAUUUGACUGUCGAAAAAGAGCGCAUCCAGCACGCCGUCCCGUCGACCGAAUCGCGAAAGAUUCGCGCGGGAUUUGAAGCGACGUUGGGGUCGUCCGGCACGACCAUCGAAGACGGUGGCGCGACCGUUCGGACCCGCGAAACCAGCUACCAACAUGCGGUCGUGAAUUCGCCCAUUUCCACGGGCAAAGCGAGCUGGAAGUUCCGCCUGGACACGGACACGACCGACGAUGAAAUGACUUGUUUCGGCGCGGCGAUCCUUCCCGUGACGGUCAGCGGGUACGACUCGUCUCCGAGCUUGUGGAUGCUGCGCGGAUACAAUGGCAACUUGUACGCACGAGGGCACAAGUUAAGUCGAUCGAUUGGCAAAGUGCACCCCGGCGACGUUGUUCAGAUUGAUGUUGACAUGAACGUCGGCACGAUGUCGUACACAAUCAACACGACCGAAUUCGGCGUUGUGUUUACCGACUUGAGCGGCCACGAAGUGUACCCGGCCGUAUCGUUCUACGGGUCCGGCAAAGUCAUCACCCUCCUGAGUCUGCACAAGUGGGGCGACUCGCCGGCGUCCGUGGCGAGCGGCGGCAUGGUCAGUGCUAACGCGGACCCGAUCUAUGUCUCGACCUUGCCCGAGUACGAAUACGCCGUCGGCCACGGCCGGUUUGGACGCGGCAACCUCCUCGGGUACACUGGAGAAGCCAACAACAACACGGCGAACGGAUUGGACCCAUCGUCGGCGUCGCCUUCGACGACCAUCAGUGUGCAGUCGGAAGCGAGGCAGCGAUCGCUGUCCACACAUCCGCCUGCUCGUGGCGAAGCGUUUGUGACGUACGAUCUCGGUCGGGCGUACGCGACAGUGAGUGGAGGCGUUGCGCUGAACGAUGACGUUUCCAACGAAGUCCUCGCCCAGCGUGGAAUAUCUGUCGUGUUUUCGCUUGUCGGCGAUGCACAAGUCCUGUGGAAAUCCAAGCCAGUCACGAACUCGUCCCACGUCGAAUCGUUCUCGGUUCCGAUCGCGAACGUGCGGAUGCUCGAGUUUCGCGUAAGUUGCAGCGGCAGCAACCAUGGCGCCCAUGCGAUUUGGGUCGAUCCGCAGCUUACUGCCGUCAAUGACUGGACGUGCGGCGCCUGCACUUUUGCAAACAAAGGCACGACGACGGUGUGUGCUGUGUGUCACGGCGGCGACGAUCCCUCCUCCGCGGGCAGUGCGACAGCAUUCGCAACGUCGGUGCCCAGUGCCGCCGCGCUCACAGCGCAGCUGCCACCGAACGAGGCGAGUGAUUCGUUGACGCUCGUGACAUCGUCGUCGGCUCUCUUGAAAUGCGCGCAUCCCCUCGAUGAGGUGGCUACAUCGCUCUUGGACGUCGCAGAUCGACUCGGCGCAGUGUUUUUAGCCAACAAGGCGUCGUACCAAGUGUCGUUCGAGGAGGCGUUUUGCAUUCAACCAAACACAAUCACGUUCGAGCUGUUGUCAGACAUGAUUCAAAGCCACUUGUCGACCAUCGCUGACACGGACGAUGAGCGCACGCAUGCGCUGAGUUUGCACCGAUGCCAGUUGCUCUUGCAGAUCCUUGGGCGACAACUCACAGUGCUUGACUUGUACGAGCCCCUUCCUCAGCAAGCCUCUGGCAAGUGUCGACCGAUGGUCCCCGUCCUGGCCAAUAUACGAUCGCUUCUCGAGAGUUUAGCGCAUAUUCACGUUUCAAAUCCAAUGUCGCCAGCGAAGACGCGAGCGUGGACACCUGUGAAAGGAGGAGUUUCAGCGUUCGGCACUCCCGGCGCGGCGCAAACCAAGCCAUCGCUGCUCGUACCGCUCUUAAAGUUGCAAACCACAGCAGCGCAAGCACUGGUCGAUGGUUUGAGCUUGUUGUAUCCCGCGUCGUGGGACCGUACGACUCUCCUCCUGACUCUGCUGCGCAGCUAUGCGCACGACCGGUUCGAACCGCCGUCCGCGCGGUAUUUGGUCCUGUCCAAGCUGUUGGCGCUUCUGGCGUUGCCGGGAGACAUGGGUGUGCUCACUUUCUUCCCUCUGGUGCCAGAUCGCCUUCACAGCUCCCAAGUCCAAGAAAUCAUGACCCAUAUACUCACCGACUACGCGACCGCGGAAGCACCGACAACGUCCAUUGCAGCCGACGCAUUGGCGUGUGUCCAGACGUUCCAGCUCUUUUUGCUGUCGCAAGUGAUCGAGCUCACGAAAUCGCCCCGCGACUCGUUCCGCGUCGUGAUCCAGGACAUGACGAUGCGAUACAGUGAACUCCUCUUGACGACGGUGCGGAAAUCGUUGGAGCACUCGUUGGACAGUCCAUCGUCUUCCGAGCUGUCGCCUGUGAUCCGUGCACUGUUGCCGCCGUUUGUGUCGGGCCUGUGUUUGCUUCGCCGACAGACGUGGCUUGUCCGGCCGCUGCUACCCAAGCUCACGAUGGUACUGCGCGUGCUGGACGUCAUCUGCGGGCAAGACGAAGCCGUUCGCAAGUCCGAGCGACGUCUCCUUGCUUUGGAUCAACGGCUCUCGUCGUACGCCAUCGAUGUAGACGAUGUAGGCAAGUGGCAAGUGGACAAGAGCCCCACGCGCGUCCAGAAACAGCUCUACAACGUCUUUUCCAAGCUGUACACGGGCGAGAAGGACCACUUUGAGGGUCAAAUUGGGUUUCAGUUUGAAGCCAUGGCGUCGUUUACCCUCGUGGCCCUUGGCCGUUCGGUCAACCCGGCGCGCAACGGUGGCAAGCUGCUGCACAAGCACACGGUGCGGCUGUGGGACGAAGCAUCCCAGGCUCUGCUCGGAUCCGUCACAGUCAGUACGUCGUCGCCGUCCGACGGCAUGGGCUACGUGUAUGACUACCUUGACACUCCGUUGCGGCUCAGUCAUGGCAAACUCUACCGCUUGACCACGCAAGAGUUUGCAAACGGUGGCGAUCCAUGGUACAAGAAAGAAAACCUUCCCGACGAAGAGUACGAUCGGUCGUUCAUCAAGAUCCUUCGCGACUGCUACGCGUCCGGGUCGACAGGGUUUCCGAACUCGCAAAACUUGACUGGCGCCGCGUACGGCGUCCCCACGUUCCUAGUCGAGGAAGAUAAUCCCAUGGACACCCUUCCUUGGAUCGUUCCCAUGGACGGCCUUCAAUGUGUCAAGUUCAACGCAAAACGCAAGGCAGCCUCGAUCGCCAUCGGCCACUUGGGCAACACCCUGACCGUGAUGGGCGAGUCGGGGUUGUGGCGGACCGUGUGGUGCACGAGCGCGGUGACGAACGGGGUCCAUGUUUUCGAGUAUAUCGUCAAGAGCAGUCGCGUCGGCGGCGGAGUCAGCGGCCACCUUUGUAUCGGAUUCGAGUGUGGGGUCGCGGGCACCAUGCCCACGACGCGCGCAUUCCUCGGCCAAACGAAAGGCAGCAUUGGGUUCAUGCCAGCGAUCGGGUGUCUGUGGAACGAGGGGACAUGCGUUCGGUUUGGAUCGCCGACGUUGGCCAUUCACAACGGCGACGUUUUCGCCAUGACAAUCGACAACGACCGACAAGUCGUCGGGUUUGCCCACAACGGCCAGAGCGUUGGCGACCUUUCGCUCGACCUUCCUCCAGCGCUUGUCCCCGCUGUGAGCGUCUAUGGUGUCCAGGACGUCGUGGACGUGCGGCCGGGCGGUGUAGCGAAGUCGACGCUGCAGCUACACUGGCUGCUGGACGUCCUCAACACAACCGCGUCGUUGGCUGGCCGGUUUGCCGGGACAAUCAUAUCCGGCUCACCGAUUGAUGGUGUUGAAGAAGAGUUGCAACCAUGGCUCCAGUCGACGCUGUUGAGUGGAGGUCUCAUGGGACCAUCCGACAACACGAGUGGUGCCGGUAUGGGCGGCGUCGUUGUCGGUGCCACGGAGACAACAUGGUCGUCUGCCCUGAAGAACGAAGGACCGUUCCAGAACCCGCGGUACAACUUGGCUAUGCCCGACAAAACCGUGCCAGGUCCUGGUCAAAUACUGGCAAAGCAACGGAAAUCGUCGUCGUCUUCGUUGCUGACGGUGGCAGCGCCGUUGGACGAGACCGAUUUUGGCCGCACAAGGUUGGUCGUCGAAUCGCCCAAGCUCGUGCAGUGGCUGGACGCCGUGCUUCCCGACUCGUUGAUGUGGCGACGCCAGGAAACGUUCCCCCAAGUCGAGACAGCCAUGAUCGCGGCGCUAAUCAAGCAUGCGCCGCCCCACUUGCUCCAUGAAGCCCAAGCAGUCAUUGAAUCGCAAGAGUACACGGUCCAACCAUCCGCGGACAUGGCGCUCUUGUGGAAGUGUAUACUUACCCUGCGCCACUGGCUCAUUAAGAGCAAGCAUGAAUACCGGGCCAAGCAAAUUGACGACGUGGCACCACCGGUGGAAUCGGCACCGCAGCUUAGUGUGUGGGAGCAAAAGCUGACAUUGCCGCGGUCGUUUGACGCGUUUGUCGAGCAUGUGCAGCGUCGCGCAGAGUUCCUCUGUCACUUAGAACCUCCAGCAGAAACGCCAAAUCGGUGGUCGUCCGCGGCAUUGUCAAAUUUGGCAGAAAAGUGGACUGCCGACCAGCCCCCGCCGCCGUCGUUGCAGCCCAUGGUGGAUCGAUGGCGAAGUUUGACGUUGAGUGACCGAUCCAAGUGGAACGGACUAGUGCAAGUGCUGCAAGCGCAGCAUAAUUGGCGCACGCGACGGCGCACUAGCAGCAAUCAUGUCCUUGACGCCGCCUCUCUCGGUGGCGGCAACAGCGCGACAACCUUUAGCGAUGACGUUGACCCACCAUCCGAGGGCACGACGACGGCUCUUGACGGCAUUGACGAUGGAUACCUCAGUGCGAUGCUUCGAGCGUGCGAUUUGUAUGUUCGGAAUGGUGUUGGCGCGCCCCCCGAAGUAUUGUACGCCCUCUUGGAACGCCGGUAUACAAGGUCAGGGUCGCGGGUGUACGGCUUGGAAGCCAUGAAAACAAUUCUCAACUGCAUCUCGUUUGACACGUGCCGGUCCAGCGCUGUGCUGUUUCUCCGACCGGCGUUGCGAGGUUUUACAGAAGACGAGCGCUUGGCGCGGGAAACGUACUUGGAGCAACCGCAGUCGCUGCUCGAAGGGUCGGCCUUUCGCCCAACUGUGCGGCACCAUUACCUCAAGGGGUUGGAAGGGUGCAGCCGUCCCGUGCUCAAGCAAGUGCAGGAAGCGUUCAUGGAGCUAUACGGGUCGCUCGCUCAAAUGCUGGCGAAAGCAUCCAGCCAAGGUGCCUCAAGCAAGCCAACGCCGAGAACAUCCCAUGUGUGGCAGCAGAGUUUGAUCGGGGCAUGGGCCAUCGACUUUGAGCCACGCGACCACGAGUUCUUGCUCCACGUCGACAUUCUUGGCUUGCUCACCAAGCUCUUUUCCGUUGCGACAUUAUCCAGCAAUGCCCGACAGGACAUUGCAUGCAACCACAAUCCCGCGUCCAUGGGGCAUCCCUUCGUCAUGUCCACGAAGCAGCGGCGGGUCGUCGUCACGGAGUGGCACCCGUUAGCGGAAGAUUACGUCCGCAAGGGCCUUCUCGGCCGCGGAAGUCUCACGAAGCGAGCUGUUCUUCAGUUGAUGCUCCAAGCUCCUCCGUAUGCCAAGAGUCCGACGGUGUCGCCGUGGUCGGCGAGUCCAAUCCCGUCGUCAUUCAAGCAACUUGUGUCCAAACACACAGCGUCGUCGACCGUGUUGGCGUACUCGGACUUUCUCCGAUCGCUCCAUGGCAAACUCAUAUGGGCGACCAAGCCCAGUGACCUCGGACGCAAGGUCCUCCAGCUCAACGUAGGCGAAGACGUGUCGGUCGUCGAGUUCCCGAUGCUGCCGUCGGUUCACCCUACAUCGUCGUCGUUUUCCAUCGAGAUGUGGAUGCACCCUACCGAACUGCAGGGGUACAGCACCCUGCGCAGCGAAGUCGGGUUUGCCGACGGCAGCGUCCACGUGGAGCUCGUGGAGAAUCGCAUGCAAGUCGCGAUCGCGGGCAACGUGCCGCGCGAACAGCUCUUUGACCAUCCGUUUGCUACCCAUGUUUGGCACCACGUCGCUGUCCUGUACGACCACGACAAACAAGUCGUCGACUUGAUUGUGAACGGCCGAUGGACUCAGCAGUUGUCGUACCAGAAGACAUGCGCCAAAGUGCACUGGCGGCCCGCUCGCUUGGGCAGCUGGAUCUCCGACUUAGCAUCCACGCAAGUCCAGCGCAAGUUCAAAGGACUUAUCGCCGAGUUGCGUGUAUGGCUGCGUGCGCGAACGGUCCACGACGUCAGCGCCAACUAUCAUCGACGAUCGCCGCCGUUGUUGACCGACAACGCGACACAGACAUCCCAUCCGCACGUUUUCAGCUACCAUUUGGACGACGGCGACGGCGAACUCGCAGUCUGUGCAGAGUCCACGCAGUUCAACGCGCUCUUGACCAAGUGCCACUGGUCCCGGAUGAAUGUUCCUGUUUGGGACAUCGAUGCCACCGAGGCCAAGUGGACGCGCGGCAUUCAAGCAAUUCAAUCGGUCCAACGACAGUUCCGUCGAUGGCGGCACGCGCGCUUAAGUUACGAAAUGCGAUGGAUCAAGGAAGCGAUCCACAGCGACGAACUGCACGAAGAUUUGUACGGGUUAAGCGACGAAAGCGAAGACGACGAGGCUCGCCCCGUUGUGCACGCUGCUCCGAGCGUCGAGAACUUGAUUAGCCGCGUUCAACUGCAGCAAUCGGCAUGGAUUGUUUUCCGCCUGCUCGGCAUCGUCGCGAUCAGCGGAAUUCGAGAACGUGUCGAGGUGGAAGCAGUUCAGGCAGCGGAGUCUGCCAAGAACCGACGGUUGGACAAGGACAAGAUCCAGCAGCAAAAGACUGCGGACGCCGCGAGUGACGUGGCCAAGAGUGCUGCCACCUCGACGGCCCUUGAAGUCCCGAUAGCGCAACGCCUUUGGUUCUCUGUCGAGUUGCAUCGCAAGGUUUUUGAAGGCAUCGAGCGCGAGCUAGCUGCGGCGACCAAGCUCAUUCACGACGCGGAGAAACUCAUUCGAGCACAGCAACCGUCCAUGCUGAGGUCCAUGUCAACACCUGUCCAUCAAUCGUCCCAAGAAGCGGCGCCGCUCGAGCCUCUCGAAGUCGAAGCGUACGUUUUCAACCUACUGGUGUUCCUUAUCUCGCAGAGUGACACGUACCCCGCCCAAGAGCACCUGAGCAAACCAGCCGUGCUCCGAGAGUUGCUACUCCUCCUGCGUAUGGGGUCUCCACGAACGCAGCGCCUCGUGCAGCUCUUGCUGCGCCAGGUGGCUCGGGUCGUCACCCCCGCUCGAAUCGGCACGAUCCUUGGAAUGGACACCGUGUUCCUCGACCUGUUGCUCGAUCGUGUGUCCGACUCGAUCUGCGGUAGCGACGCCGAGCCCAUGAGCCAGAGCAGCAUGCGCGAGUCGCUGGCGAACCCAUUAGGAUUCAAUACGGGUCAAAUCUUCCUCGCUCUCGCGGCCGAGUCCGUCGCGCUGCUCCGCCUGCUUCUGCGAGAGCCAGCAUGGACCACCCGCGUGUCGGACGUUCUUAGCGCAGCCAUUCGAAAUGCUGCCCCAGUCGUGACGCAAGCAGGAAACCCGAGCAACAUUCGAACGCGCGUGGUUGUCCUUCGUGCGAUGGGAGCGCUGUGUGUGCUUGGUGCGCACUUGGAUUGCCUUCGCAUUGGCGGCAAAGUCGAAGUCCAGGGUAGCUCAACCGACGAAGCGCCGUCCGUGGCAACCCUCAUUAGCCGCACCCAUGAGACCGCUCGUGUCGUGUUUGAAGAUGGUUCGAAAGUGCAGCAAGUUUGUGUCUCUGAUAUAUCACCGAUCGAAGAAAUUCCAUCGCUCGUGACAGCCAACGUAAACGAGUUGAUGCCUCCCCUGCUGCACUUCGCCACUCUGCAGGACGACUCGCUCUGGCGUGCGCAGCUUCGAUCCCGCGCGUUGCUGGCCCUGGAAUCUUUCUUAAAACAAGACCGCGUAUUGGCGACGGCUGUGUCCUUGGUCCAAACGGCACUCACGCCGCUCAACUUGCCGUCCUUCGUCACCACCCCAGCUUUACAAGAGCGUAGCAGGAGCAUCCUGAGCCGUCUAAUUGAAGCAUCCACACCGCUGGGCCCGAUGAUGUUCAAGGGCUUGCCAGAUCCGACGCCAAUCGUCGCUGAAAAACGAGCGACCGAGACGAAGCCGCAAAAUGCGCCACCGCCACGUCCGCCCGUGUCUUUAGUCCGUCAGGGAUUCGCCGCCACGCUGGUGUCUAUGGGGUUCGAAAUGGACUUGUGUUUGAUAGCACUGGAACACGCCAGAGACGACCCGAAUGCUGCCGUCGAGUGGCUCAUGGGAGACCAAGCCAUCGUGUAUCGCCGCAACUUGGCGUCGGCUUCGUCGGCGUCCACCUUUUGCCAACUUAAUGACACGACGUCCCGCGAAGAGAAAGCACAGGAUUUGCAAGUGAUUUCGGGAAUGCCCAUGCGCCUCGUGCUGGCCGCGCUCGACAUUUGCGGCGGCGACGCGAAUCGUGCCGUCGAGUGGCUGCUGGAGCAUGGCCGCCGGUUCUCGACCCCGCUGAAUUUGCACAUGGACGCGUUUUGCCAAGAUUUGUCCGGACUGCACGACGAAGCGGCGUUGGAAGUCGCCGACCAAACGGAUUCGCUCUUGUUCGAACCUGGACAGGACUUGAGUGCAUCGACGGCGAGGACGUCCACCGGCGCAAGCGCAACACCCACGGCAGCGUCUGCUGGUCAAGCGCAUGACCAGAUCAGCGCUGGUGGUAGCGACGUCGACAACUCGUUAAUGACAGCAACUUUGGCGCCGAUCGUCGCCCGAGAUCCACAAAAUGGAUGGGGUCCGCUGGAUCCGACGUACUUGCUUCCAAACGUCGUCCUCACUGUCAGCGAAACGACGGGACCGGUUGCCCACUUGGCUCGCUCUGGCACUGUCGUAAAGCCGCCGCCGCCACGGGCGUCCUCUGCGAGACCCGCCUCCCCGGGGGUUCUCUUGAGUUUUCUCAACACAGAAAACGGAGCGUUGGAGGAAGAGUAUGUGUGUCCGACAAAGGUUCGACGUUGGCGCAAGGUGUUUGACCAAGACUUGGUGGCUGUCGACAGCAUCUACCAAGUCGCUCUCCGCACGGAGCAAGCGCUGUCCACGUGCUAUGCGCGGCGAGCGUUGCUUGUAUUCCUCAGCACCGACAGCUCGACGGCUCUGACAGUCAUGGGGGGGUCUGCGCCAUUUGUCCAGUUGCUCAAAUUGGUCGUUGGCGCGUCGUUUGCUGGCGGAACCGUCAAAGCGGUCCACGAAUCGAUGGUGCGUGUCUUGAAAGACCAUCCAACGUUGUCGUCGGUACUCGUCGACGAGUGCAUUUCGCAUUUUGUCCGGUCGACGCAAAUUGCGAGGGAAGGCAAAGUAUGCCAGUUGCCGCUUCAAUUUGAAUCGCUGCACCCAUACUACCACAAGAGCGAUUACGUGGCGCAUGUGACCGUGCCGUCGCACACACCGUUGCCCGUGCGCGUCGUAUUCGACAAGCGAUCAUGUCUCCUCAACAACUCGACGCUGUCGUUUUACUCGGACGCAGAGUGCAAGCAACUCGUGGCAGCGUUUGGCCCGACCAAGCAACCGUUUGCCGACUUAUGGGUCGGCGUCCGAACGUUCUGGUACAAGCUGCACUGUGCAAACGACGAAUCGGAAGCAACCACGUACGGAUUUCGCUUUCAAGUCCACGUCAUGCCGAGCAUUACGUGGAGCAACGAGCUCGACGUGCUGCACCAUCCGUCCCUCGAUUAUGCGUGCUGGUUGCUCGAGUUCCUCCUGUCGGAUCAACCACACCUCGACAUGUCCCAACUCGCUCAAAUAUACGACGCCCUGGUCCAGUACUUGCAAUCGCCGCGCGCGCCGCAGAAACACAAAGUCAUUCACUUGCUGCUGCAGCUGCUUGUCGCACACGAUUUCGCGAAAACCGCCAUCACGGUCGAUGUUGCGCCUCUCCAACGCAUUGGCGAGCUGGCCAUUGCCAAAGCUCAAGCAGAAAUCAGCAAGGGCCGGCCAUUUGUGUCGACGCACUUGCUCAAACUGGUCGAGCUUGCGGUAGUCGUGUCGUCAUCGACGUCAAAGUCGACCGCCGAAGAAAAUCACGAACCAGGCAAGACCCGCGCGACUAGCCUCUACGUCGCUCCGAUCGCACCUCCCAUCGUUGUGCCGACGGAAGCGAGCAGCAUGCUUGCCAUCAUUGCCGAAACUGUCCACUUGUCUCGAGUGCUGCUGCAUUCGUCCAAGCAAGCGCUGUCGCAAGAGCUCGUUGUCUUGAUGUGGUUGGACCUGCAUGGCGCAAGUGCGACGUUGGAGUACAAUGAGCUUGCAAGUGACACGCUGGAAUUCCACGGCGCGCACUCGCUUCGCCUGUGCUUUGACCCGCGCUUUGACCAACGCGACGAUGUCUACUUCGAGGUCGGCACGAGAUCGGAAACCAAUCGAGACGACACCAUCGUGUUUGCCCCCGUCGUCAUCAUCUCGGACGUGAUGGACGUCGUGGGCAAUGUCCUUCGGUACACGUUUGUUCCGACAACAGACCACUCAACCAUGAGUGUGACCGUGACGGCGGUUGGGAUGCCGUUGGAGCGCCAGUUGGCGCGCUGCACGGUGCAAGACCUUGAAAAAUGUGCAGCGAACGUCCUGGCCGGGCAGUGGACGCCAGCCAUGGAUGCGCAGCUCGUCGACUGGGUUAACUUUCACGUGGAAAGUCAGGGCGAAGGCGUACAUGCAGACCUCCUCCCGGCGGACAUUCGACUGCACCCGACAUUGGAUGGAUUGCGGUGCUCGCUUCUGCUGCAUUUGCCGUGGUCGGAGAUUCAACUCCGAUAUGCGUUGCUGCGGUGCUUCAACACGCGGUUGGCGGGGUGCAUUUCGCUGCUCAACCUAAACGAUUCCGAGUACUCGUGGACGAUAGCGCAUCAGGUACGCAGUACAUCCUUCAGCAAUGACGAGGGAAACGUUGUUUGCACCUGUGACAAAACCAUGCUGGGCCACCUCUCACCGACCGGUAGCUGCGUCAACUCAGCCACUGCGUCUUUCUCGACCUGAAGUUGAAGCUCGUGGAAGCCGCCAUCGAAGCGACAGUUGUCGUGGCCGACGCAACGAGUGCCAACAACGGCACUGCUCGAAUUACGUUGGACCGCCUUCGCGCGCUCGAGUCGCGAGAAGACCGAGAGGUGGAGCCGUCCGGGUCGGAGUGCUUCUUUGUCCAGGCAUUCCGUCAGCUGCAUUCCGUGGACCCCAAGUCUCUUCGCCGCAAGAUUGACAGCAAAGGCCGCCUGUUCAGCGUCAAGUUCCGCGGCGAGGAAGGCGUGGACUGGGGCGGGGUCUACCGCGAAGGCACCAACUCGAUGGUGGACGACUUGUUUUCCUCCCACAUCAAUCUGUUCUUGCUGUGCCCGAAUGGCCAGCACAACACAGGACUAAACCGCGGCAUGUACUUGCCCAACAGCAAGUGCACGUCCCCCGUGGCGAUUCAAAUGUUUGAGUUUGUGGGCAAACUGCUGGGCAUCAGUUUACGCACGAAAGGCGACUUUCCAUUUGCAUUUUGUCCGCUCGUGUGGAAGCUGUUGCUCCGGCAGCCCGUGGACAAAGUCGACUUGGAAGGGACGGACGCACUGUUGGUUCAGAUGCUGAACGGGAUUCGCCAAUGCGACCAAGAUGGCAUUACGACGGAAGGGCAGUUCCAAAGCGCGUUUGCCGACCUCGAACUGCGCUUCACGACAUUUGACUCGAACGGCCAGCUCGUGGAGCUCGUUCCUGGCGGCAGUCAAAAGGGCGUCACCUUUGCCAACCGUGUCGAGUACUGCGACUUGGUCGCGCACUACCGCCUCCACGAAUUUGAUGUGCAGUGCGGCGCCAUGCUGCGCGGCCUCUCGACGCUCUUCCCCGUCCGCGUCCUGACUCUUCUCAACUGGCAAGAGAUGGAAAUGCUGAGCUGCGGAAGUCCCAAGAUUGACAUUGCGCUGUGGAAACAGCACACGCGGUACGAUGGGUACACUGAACAGGACGAGACUGUGCAGCUCUUUUGGGACGUCAUGGCGUCGUUUUCGGACGAGCAACGAUCCGAUUUUGUCCGAUUUGCGUGGGGUCGCAGUCGCCUGCCCCGUGGAAAGUGGCCCCAGCCGUUCAAGCUCACGAAAAAGGCCGGCCGCGACAGCAUCUUGAGCCUCCCCGUCGCCCACACGUGCUUCUUCUCUGUCGAACUCCCGCCGUACACAACAAAACAAAAGAUGCACGACAUGCUGCUCGCCACCAUCAACUUUGGCCUAGGCGGGAUCUUGAUUGCCUAGGCUAGACUCGUCGACUGUCCCAAGUCCCAUGAUACCUACAAACAACAACACUGCCCUCCAUUCCAUGGCGUGCCGGGUCGCUGUGCAGGUGGACUCCGAACGAGAGGAAAAUGGAUGGCUGGAAAACCCGACGAUUUCGUGCCAAGCACGACAAAUUCAAACGUGUGGUGGUAGCGUGGAAAUGAACAGAGCGAAGUGUUUAUUUCAAAUGCCGUCCUCGAUGUGGAGCUUUUCGCUGCCUUUUGUCAGUUGCCGUCGUCGGUGGUGGUGGAGAGUCGAUGUAUUGGCGCUUGACCCACCACACAAACAGCACAAACGCCACGGUCAGCGUCCCCACCUGCAGAAACAACAUCACAACUGGAUGGUACAAUAUUGAAGCCGUCUUUCGCGAGUGCAGCAUCGGGCAAAACGAAAAUUCGGUACGCAACUUGGCCACGUGGUCAGGCUCGUUGUCCAGGAGGAUUUGGAGGCACUCGCACGCAUCGUCCAUGUACCCAAGCGUCGACAGCACUCUCGCCAUCUUCAUAUACGCGACGUGGUAGUGCCGAAGCCAAUAAAUGGAACGCCGUAGCGCGUUCAUGGCUAUAGUCACGUUCGCACGGGCAAGUGCCAACGUACUCAAGUCCGCCCAUGCCGCCGCGACUGCCUUCCGCUGGUCAACGCUGAAGUGGCUCACGGUGUACAUCAUGGGGUCUGGCACGUCGUCUUCGAGCGCUUCUCGAACGACGUGCUCCAGCUCGACUUCAAGGCCUACGACGUCUUGAAGGGCCAAGAGGUAAACGUCGUCGAUAUUGCCGACCACGAUGUGCUUGGGUAGACUCGCCACGGCUUCUUCGUGGAGCUCUCGUGGGAUCUUGUGAAAAUGUGGACGAAAGGACACGCCUUGGAGAUGAUCCAAGUACCCAUGGAAGGUGAAGAAUUGGUCGUGGAUGUGCCCUUCGUACGUGAGCAAUGGCAUCCCAUCAUAGAUGUCGUCGGGAAUGUCGGAAGGAGUGCCCAACUCCAAAGCACCAGCUUGGUUGUCAUCGGCGGAUGCACCAUAUUCUUUCUUGACUGCACCAGACAAGUCCAAACGCUCUAUAGACAUCGGGAACGGAAACCGGCGUGGGUCAUCCGCGUCCAAGUCAAAGUCCGGCAUCAAGUGGAUGCAAGGCGGUUGCCACUGGCUUGUGUGUCUAGCCUUGCAGUAAAAGAACACGUGGCCAUCCUGUCGCACGCGUUCCCAGUACUCCAGCGCACCGAACUCGCCUGUGGCACAAAAUGCUCCAUCCGGACUUGUGCCUUGUUCUGGAACAGCGUCGGGGUCGGCAAAAACUAUACCGAAUGGAUGGACGUUCCGAAGGAGGAGAUCUUCUUGGAAUUGCGAAUAAGGCGCCAGCUCUUCUAUCGUCAAUGCGCUACAUGAGAGCACGAACCACCCCACAAGGGCCGCCUUGCGCAUCUUGGAUCCAAAUCGUG